UUCUUUUCUCCAAACAAAUUGAAACACGUUUGUUUCCAUGGAUGAAGAGGUGAAGGUCAUACAUCAAUACCAAGUGAGUCCACCACAAGGUUCUCUUCCAUCUUCAAUCACAAUUCCAUUGAGUCACCUUGACCUCCCUUGGUUUCAUUGCCCUCAUGUGAAAAGAAUUUUCUACUACAACUUCCCUCAUUCAACACAACACUUCCUUCAAACUUCACUACCAAUUCUCAAAAACUCUCUUUCCCUCACUCUCCAACAUUUCUUCCCUUUCUCCUCUAAAAUAAUCUUCCCUCCUAAGCCUCAAACCCCUCACAUUCUCUACUCUCAAGGUGAUUCCAUCUCAUUAACAAUUUGUGAAUCCAAAUCAAAUUUCAACCACCUCAUAUCCAAUUCACCAAAAGAUCUAACAAUUGCAUUUCCUUUUGUCCCCUUGAUUCCUCCACCAAGUAUUUUAGAAGAUGGCACAUCGUGUAUCCCAACAAUGGCUAUUCAAAUCACUAUUUUUCCAAACUCAGGAUUUACUAUUUGUAUCACUUUUAGACACGAAAUUGCUGAUGGUAAAGCAUUUCAUCAUUUCAUUAAAUUUUGGUCUUCACUUUCAAAAGGAAACUUAGAAUGUUCUUUUCUUUCAUUACCAUUACACAAAAGGGAAAUCAUUCAAGAUCCAAAAAACCUUAAACAAAGCAUCUUAGAACAACUAUGGAAUCAUCCACCAAAAUCAUUAGAAUCUACUACCUCUACAAAUGACCAUGCUGCUUCUAGAAACAACAUUGUUCGUUAUAGAUUUAAUUUAACACGUCACCAAGUUGAAAAUUUGAAGAAAUGGGUUGUUACAAAAUGUCAAAAUAUUGGUCUUGAAACAUUUCAUUUGUCAACCUUUGUUGUUGCAUGUUCUUUGUUAUGGGUUUGUAUUGUAAAGUUAAAAUCACUAGAAGAUUUCUCAGACAAGGUAAUAGAUAAUUCUCCAACAGACGAUGAUUAUGAGGAUAUUCAUGGUUUUGGAUUUCUAAUGGAUUUGCGUAAUCGUUUUGAACUUUCAAUUCCUUCCACAUAUUUUGGAAAUUGUUUAUCAUUUUGUCUUGCAACACUACCAAAGAGGAAGUUAGUGGGAGAAAAUGGUAUAUGUGAAGCAGCAAAUAUUAUUGGAAGAGAAAUAAGUUUGAAAGAUCCUUUAAAAGAAGAUAAAGAGUUUAACAAGUCUUUGAAUAUGAUUCGUGUAAUAGGGUCACCAAAGUUUGAUGUGUAUGAAACUGACUUUGGAUUGGGGAAGCCUAUUUUAACCGAUGUUAUCAAUAAUGAUGAAUCAAGUGCCUUUUGUCUUUCUGAUUCUAAGGAUGAAUAUUGUGGUGUUGAAGUUGCUAUGGUGCUAGAAAGAGCUCAUGUGAAGAAAUUUAGUGACAUCUUGGAAGUGCAACUUAGAGACACUGUGAUGUAGGACGGUUUCCAUAUUAUUUUCUUAGUAUUUUAGCCUAAUUUUAUUAUAUGUUUGUUUUGUUUUUGGUUUGUUAUUUUUGGUCCAUUAGAGUUUGUUAUUUUUCGUCCCCAUGAGCUUUUGGUAAGGGAUAAUGCACAAUAUGUGCAGGGGUCGGGGUUCGAACCCUGGACACCCCACUUAUUCAUCUUUAAGGUGAAUUUCUCUAGCCACUAGGCUACUUGACCAAAAAAAGAGUUUGUUAUUUCCCUAUUUAAGCUUACCCGUUGUAGCCUAAGAGUCAUCUUUUAUUCAUUCAAUAAUAUUUUAGGGAGUUUUCUCAAUUUCUAAUGGAUUCUAGGACUCUAUUUAUACAAGUUUGUCACUUUUGCAAAUUUAUCUCUUUUCAAUCUAGGGUUAGCGUUUGCUAGCCA